CCCCCCUUCUUCUCCUUCACUGCCCACCAUUUUUUCUCCCCUCACUUUCUCUCUCAUCAUUACAAUCUUCUCUGUCUUCUUCUUUUAUAUAAUAACCCUCUUAGGGCCUCCAAAAGUCUCGCCUUUUUCUUCCACUUUUUCUUUUUCUUAUUCCCUACAAAAGGUAGCCCACAAAUUAAAAUUAAAAAAAAAAAAAAUUAUAGUGUGAACUCUAGUUCAUUUUGCCAGAAUUUGAAGUUUUCUUGAGGUGAUUCUUCAAGUGUUCAAUUCCCUAACAUGGAUAAACAAAAUUUGUUUUUGAGUGAUGGGAUCACAAUGCCAUAUGGAGUUGGAGUUGAGGCCAAUGAUUUCUUCAAUCCCAGUUGGGAGAAUCCGGUGGAUCAGAGUGACCCGUUCGAGUCGGCGUUGAGCUCCAUGGUGUCGUCUCCGGCGGCGUCCAACGCCGGAGUAGCGCCGGCGGCUGCCAACGCUUCCGGGGGGAACGAGAAUUUUGUGCUCAGGGAACUGAUUGGCAGACUAGGCAGCUUUGAUAGCCCCGGCGACAUUUCUCCGGCCGCCUGUACUAACAGUUCUUGUUAUAACACCCCCUUGAAUUCCCCUCCUAAGCUAAACCUUUCAUCAAUGGCGGAUCAUCAGAUCAGGGGCGCCAAUUUCCCCAUCCAUCCUGGCCUCUCGAGUUUCUCCGCGGAUCCUGGAUUCGCAGAGAGGGCCGCAAGAUUUUCUUGUUUUUCCGACAAGAGUUUGGUGAACUCCGGGAAGCUUUCCGGGCUCUCCGUCAAGGUUCACGGAUCUCAAAUGGCGGCCAUUCAGGAAACCUCAGCUCCCAGCAAGAAAUUAACGCUAGAAAACUCAGAAUUAGGCGAUUCCAGGGAGAAUUCCACUGUCUCUGAACAGAUUCCAGUUGGGGAAAACGCCAAAAAUGAUGCAAAUUCAAGAAAGAGGAAAUCUGCUGCAAAGGGGAAGGCCAAAGAGACAACAACAACAACAGCCACACCCUCAUCAUCCUCUGCCAAUGCUACAUCCCAGAAUAAUGAAUCUAAUCCUAAAAGAAUCAAAUCAGAUGAGCAAAACAGUGGAAAUGAUAAAGCUGCAGGGGAGAACAAAGAAGCUCCAAAGGAUUACAUUCAUGUUAGAGCCAGAAGGGGCCAGGCCACUGAUGCCCAUAGUCUUGCAGAAAGAGUUAGAAGAGAAAAGAUUAGUGAAAGAAUGAAGCUUUUACAAGAUCUUGUGCCAGGCUGCAAUAAGGUGACUGGAAAAGCUGUUAUGCUAGAUGAGAUCAUAAACUAUGUGCAAUCGUUGCAACGACAAGUCGAGUUUCUGUCAAUGAAGUUGUCCACUAUAAACCCCAGAAUGGAGUUCAACAUGGAAGCUCUUCUCUCCAAGGAUAUGUACCAAUAUCGCGGGGCGAUGGCUCAGAACAUGUUCUCAUCAGAGGCCUCAGGAUCACCAAUCCCAUACUCUUUUCAAUCUCUGCCAUCCAUUUCACUCCUUCCUAAAGGAUCAGAAGUCCCUUUUCCCAUUAACAGCAGUAGAAAUCUUGGCCUGGCAUUGCCUCCUAUGGACACUUUUCUUGAGCCUGCUUCUCAGGUACCAGGUUUCUUUGAGGAUGAUCUCAAUACUGUUGUCCAGAUGGGUUUUGGCCAAAACCAGUCACAAAAUUUUCAUGGAACUGUGGGUGCUUCUGAAAUGAAAGUUGAGCUAUGAUCACACAACAGUCAAAAACUGUUCCACCAUUCAUUUUAAGGCCCCAAUUGGGAGAGGCUUUUGUAUAUGUACAGGAGACUUGGCCGUUCAACAGAGAGGAUCAGAGGAAUUCUGGAUUCAAGAAAAAGAGAAUUUUUCCCCCAUCCAUUCUUGUUCCAUAAUUAAUUUAGCCAUUACUCAGCUGAUUAUUAUGAUUUUUUGCUUUUUUUUUUUACAUUGAAAAAAUUGGAGAAGGAUUAGAGAUCAUAUUGUUGUGAGAACUCCAGAAAUUUCACAUGUAACAUAUUGUAGCUGAUGAUAAGAUGUGUGUCCAAGGGUUGGUUGAUGAGAGGGAAGAUAGUAUGUAACUCAUUGUAAUAUCAAACCACAUUUUAAUUCAAAAUUUUCAUUACUAAUUAAUUUA